AUUGACAAAUGGGUAUCGACCUUAAGAACCACCACGUCAAGAACUCCAACCGCACUGCCCCCAAGUCGGACAAUGUCUACUUGGCUCUGUUGGUUAAGUUGUACCGUUUCCUUGCCCGUCGCACUGACGCCAACUUCAACAAGGUCGUCUUGAAGCGUCUCUUUAUGUCCCGCGUCAACCGUCCCCCCGUCUCUGUCUCCCGUCUUGCUAAGUACGCCGCCACCAAGAGCGCCGCCAACAAGACCUUUGUUGUCGUUGGUACCAUCACCGACGAUGUCCGCAUCUUGGACCUCCCCAAGCUUUCCAUUGCUGCCCUCCACUUCACCAAGACCGCCAAGGCUCGCAUCCUCAAGGCCGGUGGUGAGAUCCUUACCCUCGAUCAGCUUGCUCUCCGUGCCCCCACUGGUGCCAACACUGUCCUCAUCCGCGGUUCCAAGAACUCCCGUGAGGCCGUUAAGCACUUCGGCAUGGGUCCCCACAAGAACAAGAAGCCCUACGUUCGUUCCGAGGGUCGUAAGUUCGAGCGUGCUCGUGGUAAGCGUGCUUCCCGUGGCUUCAAGGUCUAAACAAGAACAUCAUUCUUGCUUGAUCUUUUCUUCUUUUGGUUCGUGUGGAUCAGUAAAGAAAGGCGAAGACAUUUGGAUUAUUUUUUUAUUCGAUGAAAAUAAAAGAAACAACAAAAACAAACAAAAAACUAUCAUUUUGCAUC